GCUGCGACUUCAGCACGAACCACUCAGUCGGUCACAUUCAAAGGCUCAUAAACACAGAUUAUAUGAAAUAAGAUUAAAGCGAUGGCGUCAGAAAAAUUACACAAACGCUGACUUUACAGCACAGUGAGUCUGAGUUUUGUUCAAUUGUUCGGAGACUUGUAAAGCUCUUUUUUUUAACGUCGAGUUAGCUUGUUAGCUCUUAACUAACGUUACAUUUGUGGUUAGUGGGAAUUUGACUGAAGACAAAUAUUAACUUGCAUUCAGUCGAGUUUUAUACAUAUUAACCUAUAAAAACAGCUAGGAGUGAGGGUGAGAGGUAUGUUAUUUACGUUAUGUGGCUAAGCUAAGCUUUAAUGCAUCUAUUUAUAAUAUGGUUUUAUGUACGUGUAAACUAUCGUACAUAAAAGUAGCAAGUAAACAUCAACAAUGGCCUGUCAGGGUCAAACAAACCUAUGUUUUACUUGACUCUAAUGUAUUUUAUAAUCAGGUAUGGCGCAUCGGUAGUUUCACCGAAGGUUGUGAGACUCAAAUCUCAGUGUGUUGAUAGUUUAAGGAGGUUGACAGGAGGAAAUUCGCUCUGUUUCGGCCAGAUAGACACUUUAUUUUUCAAGUUUCUCGUGUUUGGAGCUGAUAUUCAGCAUGUCUAAGCUUCAUGCGGGCAAUGGAGUCCACUGGAAGGACAGUAAAAGUCAGCGCGGCACGGCGGAGGGUCUGGCCGAGCACGAGAGCUCCUCUCGGGGCUCAGACUCUGAGCUCAACGGCUUCGCCAACACGGAGGUCCAGCCCGACAAAUACGGGUUCAUUGGUGGAGCUCAACAAACUGCAGGAGAAAACAGUGAUGAUAUUCCUCCAGACGUGCUCCGGCAGAGAGAAUCUAAAUGGCUGGAUAUGCUCAACAACUGGGACAAGUGGAUGGCCAAAAAACACAAGAAGGUGAAGUUGCGUUGUCAGAAGGGCAUCCCUCCUUCACUCAGAGGCCGUGCGUGGCUUUAUCUGUCAGGAGGGAAAGUGAAGAAAGAGCAGAACCCAGGCAAAUUUAAGGAGUUGGACAGUCAGCCUGGAGAUCCUAAAUGGCUGGACGUGAUAGAGAAAGACCUUCACAGACAGUUUCCAUUCCACGAGAUGUUUGUCGCUCGAGGAGGCCAUGGGCAGCAGGAUCUGUUCCGGGUGUUGAAGGCAUACACACUGCACAGGCCAGAGGAAGGCUACUGUCAGGCUCAGGCUCCUAUAGCUGCAGUAUUGCUUAUGCACAUGCCUGCUGAGGAUGCGUUCUGGGGUCUGGUCCAGAUUUGUGAGAAGUAUCUGCCUGGUUACUACAGCGCAGGCUUGGAGGCCAUUCAGUUGGACGGUGAGAUCCUGUUUGCUCUGCUGAAACGCGUGUCUCCUGUGGCCCAUCGGCAUCUGAAGAAAUACAAGAUUGACCCGAUCCUGUACAUGACGGAGUGGUUCAUGUGCGCCUUCUCCAGAACACUGCCCUGGGCCUCUGUCUUGCGCGUGUGGGACAUGUUCUUCUGUGAGGGAGUAAAGAUCAUCUUCCGUGUGGGUUUGGUGCUUUUGAAGUGCAUGCUGGGAUCUCCAGAGAAACUGAAGGCCUGUCAGGGCCAGUAUGAGACCAUGGAGCUCCUCCGAUCUAUUGAGCCACGAUACAUGCAGGAGGCAUUUCUAGUUCAAGAGGUGAUAGAUUUGCCGGUGUCUGAGCGAGACAUCGAGAAGGAGCAUCUCUCUCAGCUGCGCCGCUGGAAAGAGACUCACGGUGAGCUGCACUGUAAAUCUCCACCCAGAAUGCAUGGCGCCAAAGCCAUCAUGGCCGCCGAGCCUCCCAGUCGAAAAGACCUCAAACAAAACCCUACCAUCAUUGUGGAGCCCGCCGAGAGCCAGACGGAGACUGGCAAAAAAGCCAAGAAAAGUAAAACGGAGACGAGAAAAGACACUCAGAGUUCCUCGCCACCCCUCAAUCCAUACCCGUUACCCAGCGACAACCAUCUAAUGCCCAGCGAAACACAGCCACUGCAGAAACACGGACCCCUGCAGGCCUCAAACCAGAGCCUCAGCAGCGCAGAGCAAGACACAUACCUGUAAAACACCGCUCAAACACUAUCACAAAUCUCACCUUUUUCUUGCAAUUCUGAGUUUUCUGUUAAGUCAUGAGCUUAAAAAAAAUUCUAACAAUUCUGAGAUACAAGAAAUCAAAUCACAAUUCUGAGGGGAAUAAAGUCAAGAUGUAACAUUUGAAAAUCAAAAUAGUGACAAAUCAAGUCAGAAUUGCAAGAAAAAAAAAGAUUUUGGAAUUAUAUCUUACGAUUUCAAUCCUGCCUCAGGAUCUGCAUCAAUGACACGACUGGACCAAGACACACACCUUCAUUAAGGAUGUUAAUGAAGACCAUGCUUUACAAUCGUGAGGAUUUACGUGGUAAAACGUAUAUAAAUUGCACGUCUGGUACAAGAUUAGGGAUCUGAUACAAAAAAAAAAUCAAAAGAGCAUUUUUGCUCACCGGGGCUGCAUUUACUUGAUCGAAAAUACAGUACUAACUGUACUAUGGUGUCAAAUUAUUACAGUUUAAAAAAAUGAUUGAAUGGCUUAAAAUGUCAUUUAUUCUUCUGUUGCUUUUUCAGUGUCGUUACUAGUCUUCAGUGUCCUUCAGAAAUAUACUGAUCUGCUGCUCAGGAUACAUUCAUUAUCAGUGUGGGAAACUGUUGGCCUACCUCAUUAUUUUGUAUAAACUGGGAUACAGAACAGUAAAUACAGUAAACUUAUUUAAACAAACUUUUAUUGUUAUUAAUCAAGGACACUCAAAUGUGAAAAUAAAUGAUACAUUUAUAAUGUAGAAAAACAUUCAUUAAAGCUAUUAUAUUGAAUUUUCUUAUAAUAAUAAUAAUUCCUUACAUAUAUAUAUAUAGCACUUUUCUGGACACUCAAUGCGCUUUACACAUUUUUUGGGGAAAAUCCUCAUCCACCACCAGUAUGCAGCAUCCACCUGUAUGUUAUAUUGUCACCGGCAGUCAUAUUACACCAGCUGAUUGGUGGAGAGGAGACAGAGUGAUGAUAUUAUGAUAGAAUUAUGAUAUGGGGAUGCUUUGGAGGCCAUGAUGGACGGAGGCCAGUGGGCAAAUUUGGCCAGGAUGCCAGGGUAAACUCAUACUCAUUUUCAAAGCAUAUCCUGGGAUUUUUAAGGACCACAGAGAGCCAGGACCUCGGUUUAACGUCUCAUCUGAAAGACGGUGCUCACUCAGCAAUAUAGAGUCCCCAUCAAUAUACUGGGGUCCCACACAGACCACAGGUUGAGCGCCCUCUGUUGGCCUCACUAACACUACUUCCAGCAGCAACCUAGCUUUCCCAUGUGGUCUCCAGGUACUGACCAGACGCAACCCUGCUUAUGCCGAUUUCUGACUGCAUGACUAUUUGGGGUGGGGUUUCAUCGCUGCUUUGUUUACACUGCAAGAUGGAUCAGCGACAGGGGGUUUCACACCGCAUGACUUAAAAAUAAUAAGAAUCGCUAACAUAUUUGUCCCAACUACGUCUCACAACCCAACACACGCGAGAAGUGACAUGGAAACAAUGUGAGGUCAUGUAGUUUAUCUUGUGUUAUUAACUGCAUAAUGAGAAAGAAGCCUUUAGGAAGGAAAGCCUUUAGGAAGUCUUUAAAGGAAAUUAGCAAUUUCUUAACUUUUUUUGUUUCAACCCAGUUGUGAUAUUGCUCAGAUGAUACGUCAAGCUCUAGUUUUUCCUCCAUUUCUUGGCUCCAAAUAGACUGAAAAUGAGCGUUUUUAACUUCUCCCCCAACCUCCAGCUGGCUCGCAGGUACCCACACUAGUAGAUGCUGCUCUCUCAUUGGCUGUAGAUGAUCGCUGAUGUUAUUUUCUAUCAGAACACAUUUCACACAGCAUGAUUUGAAUUUUUAUUAUUAUAUAUAUUUGACAGCUCCACAUAUUUAGCAUGCUAAAUAUCUCACGGGCGUCUGCGACUCAAAUGCGAUUCUCUCAGAUCGUGUCUUUGACAGUUCACACUGUGUGAUUGUCAUUCACGUGAAUGAGCACUGAUUUGCGUGUAAUUUCAGGCAUUUGUCUGCAAUUUCUCAAAACCUGUUGGCGAGUCAAAAUCGGGGCUAAAAAUAUGCAGUUUGAACUCGGCAUUAGCCUCAGUGGGCAACCACGUGAGAAUUGCAGAGAGCUAGCUGCAAAGAAUCCCAAUGAAUAUAAUAUCAUAAAAAUGAUCGAUUACCAGUAAUAAGUUAUCAUGACAGAUCAGCAAGUUAGCUUUUUUUAUAUACUGAUGUAACACAAAACUGAAGUAAUGUUGAAUAUUUUGCUUUGAGUCACAGGGAAAAGAGUUUUAUUUCAACCUCAUUUAAUAAGAAAACCAUCCAUUUAAGUCAACAUUUUAGAGAUUUGACUCUAUUAGUCAAAUAAAUGCAGCCUUGAUAAAUAAAAAAACCUCCAAAUGUUUGAGAGGUAUAUAUGCAAUGUUUGGAACUAUCAUGAAGAAAGCUCUCCAGAUGAAGGUUUUGUGAGCUGCGCUGGAUGCAGAUAUUCUCAUAAUGUUGAUUCCUGCUAUAGAGACUACAGAGGACAGGCUAUAGCCGGAUGCAAAUACAUUUCCUCCAUCUUUCUCAGGAGACUACACGUGUCUGACAUUGUACUUUCCUAAAACAGUGCAAUCUCAAAAGCUGGAUUUUGUUCGUUUUUCUUCUUCAGUGUAACCAAAAACUGAAUUUUUGAACCUUCACACUGCACUUUUUCUAUAGUGAUGCUUCUGUCAAUCUCCAAAAAAAUUCUAAUGCGUUGAGGCCUGUUUCUGGCACAUUUUUAAAUCUCACAAUUGCAAGUUUACAUCUCAAAAUAAGAACUUUUCUUUGAAUUUCAAAUUUAGAUCUCAAAGUUGCAAGAUAUAAUCGUUUAUAUCAGUUAUAUGAGGGAUAAAGUCAGAAUAGAUAUAAACUCGUUAAGAGAUAUAUAUUUCAAUUCUGAAGAAAAAGUCUGAAUUUGCAAGAUGUAAACUGAAAAUUGAAGGAAAAAGAAUUUUGAGAUUCUAUUUCAGUUCUAAAUUUUCUUUGAACUAAAUUUUAGAAAUUUGACUUUUUUGUCAAUUAGUGGAAAAGUCACAAUUGUGAGAUGUAAACUGUAAGAUAUCAUUUAAAAAUGAGACAGGCUAACCCCAGUGGAACCAAAAAGCUGAAUUUCUGAAUCUUUUUUUCUAUAGUGAUGCUUCGAUCAAGCUCUAGCGUGUUUCUGGCAUGGGGUACAGAUAGUUGUUGUUGUUUUUUUAAAUCUCGCAAUUCCAAGUUUACGUCUUAAAAUAUGAACUUUUUCUUAGAAUUGUAAAUUCAGAUCUCAAAGUUACAAACUAUAAUAUAUAUAUAAUUAGUUGUAUGAGAGGAAAAAGUCAGAAUCUUGAGAUAUAAAAAUAAAUCACAUUUCUGAGGAAAAAGUCUGAAUUUGCAAGAUGUGAACUUGAAAUUGCAACUUACAGAUUCACAAUUGUAAGGAAAAAGACAGAAUUUGAGAUUUUAUUUCCGUUCUAAAUUUCAGAAGAAAGAAAGUUAAACAGGUUUUAAACAAACGGAAGGCGACCUAUUUCGACAAAUUUAGUUGUAGUUCAUACUUAUGACCACUAAGGGGCUACCUUGAGCUAUUUUUCAGUUCUGAACCGCUUUCCAGAAAAGAGCUUUGCAAAAUAGCUCAAUCAAAAAUCAAUCAAAAUCAAUCAUAACAAUAAACUAAGAGAAACAUCACGCAAGCCAAAUAAAGGAUCUCAAAUCAGGUUUUAAACACACACACGGACUGUUUACUUUGUAUUUCUGCAUCUGUCUCUUGAAUAAACGCGCUGUAUAAAUUUGUGGAGACCAAGAGGUUGUUUUGCACAUCGCAAUCUUGAUUUAUCUGAACGAAGGGAUGCUUUAAGGCACAAAAUCUUAUGCCCUUUUGUAGGCUGAAGAAAAAAAAAGUCUAUUUUUAAAUAUCUAUGAAUUUAUUUUUCUCUGAUGUACUGUAAAUAGCAUAUACAAGACAAUUUGAACACUACACAUGACUGUUUAUUUUCUAUUCUUGCAAUGGCUUGUGUAUUGAUGAGCAUUUAUGCUAGGAUUUGUUUUGAAUGCAACUUGAUUUUCUUUUGGGAGGAAUAUUGUUUUUUUUAAAUUAAUAUUUCACUGAGGAACCACAAACAUGUUCAUCAUAUGCAUGCACGACACAAUCCAAGUGUCAUAGUUAUGGAGCUGUUUUAGAACUGGGUCAAUUAUUUCAUGGGAUAUCACAUACAAUGGGCGUUUUUUUUAAUCAUUUGAAAAUAAAAGCAUAUUUUAAAUUGAAAUGAUUUAGAGUUUCAUUUUUUAAAGUUGCUUUACAUUUGAUUUUGUGUCAAAACAUUUUCUUUUUCAUAUUAUUGGAUCCUCCUGUACAGUAUGCAAAUGACAAUGAGCAUAAAUGCUUAUUAAUAGACAUUAUUUGCCGAAUAUUUUACUAUGAAGAGUCACAUAUUUGAUCUCGAUAUCGUUCAUCAUGAACUGUUGUAAUAAAGUUUUAGUCCCAAAACCAUUCUGUAAUAAAGCCAUGUUGCAUUUUU